GGGGAAGGCGGGCCUUGUUAGAAGCCUUGCAUUCCGCGCCUGAUUCUUUGGUGGCAGAGUAUUUUCCUGUUUAUGAACAUUUAUAAAUAGCUGCGGCCGUAAAACUGUGUCGAAGCUGGUCCCUCGUGGCAGCUUUUGCCUUUCGGGAGGGAGAACGGACAGCAACCAUGUGAUACGCUGCCCCUUCCUUCCCAGCUCUGACUUCCUCUUAGUUACUGUUUUGGUGGUCAGUCGCAUAUCAGGACGAGGGGACAUGACGGGCCCUCCGAAUCCCGGAGAGACGGGGGAGAAGAAGCCGAGCUUUGGGGGGCGUCUCCGCGCCGGCCGCCUAGCCUUAUGGUGGAAGAGUCUCCUGCACGACUAUGCUGAAGCCUGCCGAGAAGUCGCCCAAGGCAUCCGGCAGCGGCCAGUGAAAGCAGGGCUCUACCUGUCACUGCUGGCUGGAGCAGUGAGCUGCAGCCUCCGCAAUCCCAGUGAAGCCUCAUUCGGCUCCAGCCUCCUGGAAGCCUCAGGGAUUCUCCUCCUCCUCUCGCCCUGGACACGCAGCAGCAGCUCGGAAAAGCAUACCCAGCGGCUGACGGUGCUCCGAAACCGAGGCCAACUGCGCGUCCAGAACCUCGUGUUUUUCUCCGUCCUCUACGAGGCGCCUUACGACGUUGGAGCAGACCUCUAUCAAGCACACUGCAAGUAUCUAAAGCCACGGUGGACUGAUUUUCCCAGCCGGGUCCUCGAUGUAGGCUUCUGGGGGCGCUGGUGGGUGUUGCACUCUAGAAUGCAGGAUUCAGACAUCAACAAUGAAGAGUUUCAGUACCUGCCAGAGCAUCUCAGGACCAUUUUUUUUAAUGACUUGCACUCGGAAGCCAACGAGAAACUUUUUGAUGAGAAGUACAAAGCUGUGAUUCUGACAGAAAAGCAAAUCCAAGAAGCUGAUAGGGAGGUUCACGGGCAACUGCAUUCUUAAUUAAAGCAGUUGGGUGAUUCUAGUAAUAGAAAACAAAACAAAACAGAUACUUCAUUUAUUCCUCUUUCUAUUUUCUUCUAGGGCUCAAUUGUUCAUUGCUGUAUUCUUAGUAAGAUGCAAGAAUAAAUGCUAUUUAAACUGAG